GGCAUAAUUAAUUUGACAGUUAGCGAAAAAAGAAACCUUUGAAAUGUUGUAUAGUUUAAUUUUUGAUAGUGAAGAAUUUUCGAACCAUGUUAAAUAUCUGCAUAAAACAAGUUAUCUGAAUCAAACAGUUUCAUAAUUGCUUCGCCUUAAAGUAGGAGGUAUUGUGAUAAGUGUAAAUUUGAUAGAAGUAGUCAAGUCAUAAAGUCUUGUAGUCAGCAGCGGACAAUGAACUCCGGAAGCUAUGAUUCCACUAUUAUCACGACCGUCACGCAGAAAUUCCGUGAGGAUGAAUCCAUUCUAGCGAUAUUUGAAGGCUACCAAGUAGUAGGGAGUAAACACCAGAAUCGUUUGUUGGUGAUCGCCAGCUCUAAUCACACAUCAGCAUUGUUUGCUUUCUCGAUAGCUCGAUAUCCACCGGAGAGCAUUUCCGAUUUGACGAUCGCUGCAGUUUAUCCGAUCGAUGAUUCGUUUUGGGUGAAUCCAGAAUCCGGUGUAGCUGGUUCCAUCUCCAGCCAUCAGUUUACAAUAUUUUAUCAAAACGAACCAACAGUGUAUUACUACCCGGCAACGCAAGAUGCGAUUGUGUCGAAGGACAACUUCAUAAGUAAACUGAAAAAUUUAAUUUCUACCUAUAAGAGUGCGGCAUCUCAGGCAGCGGCCGCAUCAUUCCCGUUGGAUUUCAAGUGGUUGGAAAAUUAUAAACGGGCAGACAUGCUGGCGAUCGAUAGAAACAUUGCUGAUGGUAGUCAGGCACCGAAAACGCGUGAUUCUAAAUUUAAGGAAGAAUUGGAUCGAAGACGCCACGAGUACAUUGUCUACGAGCCGUACAAGAUUUACACGGCGACGUGGAAUGUCAACGGACAGACCUCGGAGGAUAUUGAGCUGCCGGAAUGGUUGUCGACGACGGACGAUCCACCGGAUAUUUACGCCGUUGGCUUUCAGGAAAUCGAAUGGACACCGGAGAAGAUUAUCAUGAAUGAAACCAAAAUUGACCGGACGUGGGUUAAUAAGGUAAUGACGGGAUUACACAAGGGUGCUGAAUACGAAGAACUUGCGUCGGUUCGAUUGGUUGGCAUGAUGUUGACGGUGGCAGUUAAAAGGACAUUGCGGGAUCAAAUUUCGGAUUGUCUAACAGCCGCCGUCGGUACGGGAACUUUGAAAUGGGGAAACAAAGGCGGAGUUGGUGUGAGUUUCCAGUUGAACGAGGCACUGUUGUGUUUUGUCAACUCACAUUUGGCUGCUCACACCCAGGAAGUUGAUCGUCGAAAUGAAGACCACGAUGAAAUUAUAAGACGGAUGUCGUUCGAGAAAACAUUCCGUGGCCGUUCAAUUGACGAGCAUAAUCACAUAUUUUGGAUCGGAGACCUAAACUAUCGUCUGAAUGGUGAUAUUACCCAGGAACAUGUGAAUGGCAAAGAUCGGGACUACAAUCAACUUUACUCUUACGAUCAGUUAUACAUGGAGAAAGGACGGAAACGAAUAUUUCGUGAGUACAAAGAGGGUAAGAUUCUGUUUGCACCAACGUACAAGUACAACCCCGGCACGGAUGACUGGGACAGUAGCGAAAAGAGUCGCUGUCCUGCCUGGUGUGAUAGGAUUUUGUGGAAGGGAUCCCGUACGGAGCUGCUGAAGUACGACAGCGUGAUGCAACUGCGACGAAGUGAUCACAAACCGGUCUAUGCCGUGUUCAAAAUGGAGGUAGAGACGAAAGAUGAUCAAAAGUUCAAAAAAGUACACGAAGAAGUUUUGAAAACUGUCGACAAAUAUGAAAACGAUAACCAACCACAGAUAACGGUGGAGCAAACUGAUCUUGACUUUGGCCUAAUCCGGUUCAACGAGAAAUAUUCCCGGGAAUUGUUGGUGGCGAACAAUUGUCAUCUCCCGGUUCGGUUCCGGUUCGCUGCCAAAGACGAUCGCAAUAGUCAAGUGUGCGAGGAUUUCAUUCACAUUAGUCACAAAGCGGGCGAACUCAUCACCGGCAAUAGUCUCAGCAUACGGAUAGACAUUCUGGUGGAUGCCAAAGCUGCUUCGCGGAUGCUGAAAAAACUUAAGGAUGCUAAGGCUGGUGUUAAAAUUCCACUCGACAUCUUGGUGCUACACGUGGAAAAUGGUCGUGACAUUUUCAUCACCAUUUUCGGAGAGUACAAGCAAAGCUGCUUCGGCGUUUCGUUGGAAACGUUGAUGAAGCUGAACAAACCAAUCUUUGAGUACGAUAUACAUGAAUUGAUAGCAUUGGAGAAGGAAGAGAAAUUGAUCGAUCUAACCGGCGACGGAGAGUCAGAGCUGAAGAUUCCAAGAGAAAUUUGGCGAUUAAUAGACUACUUGUACAACAGCGGCAUGGACAAUCCGCAGUUGUUCUGUCUCAAUAGAACGCAUUCCAAGCAUGAAAACAUUCUGGAAAUACGGGAUUGGUUGGAUAGUUGGUCGUCAGAACCGUUUCCUGGGAUACCGAAAACGGCGGCGGAAGCACUUCUGAUUCUACUUGAGUCUCUACCGGAACCGGUGCUUACCAUAAACGAGCGGGAAUGCUUGGUUAACGCUGACAAUUACGAUCGGUGCCGGGAGCUGAUACGGACAAAGCUAAAACCUGUCCAUCGUCUGGUGUUUUUGUACAUUUGCAUGUUUCUAAUCGAAUUGCGACGUAAAAAUCCCUCCAUUCGUCUAGAAAUGCUUGCAACUGUUUUUGGUCGAAUAUUGAUUCGAAGUCAGACACCACUGGUACGGACACCAACGGGAAAUGAUGUGUACGCUUAUACCGACGGUGAGCGCGAUCAACGGAGACGAUUCAUGAUGACCUUUUUGACCAGCAAAAUACAGGAAUUCGCUCGUGCAGAGAUGGACAGUAAUGGACUCUAAACAUGUAUUCGAGCACUUAAGUACGUAGUUAAAGAAAAGAGAUCUGAAGCGAACAGCUCGACUUCGUUUGAGAAACGUUAAGUUUUGUGGAUCAAGCAUUAGUAGAAUUGCUACAACGGAUCUCUUGAUAAACAAGCUUUUAUAUGUAAAUAAUUAUAAUUAGAAUAAAUGGCAACAUGUUGGCCUAUAUCCUUGAUUGAA